AUGGCGUCGACGACUUCCGUUCUCCUCCUCCUCUUCGCCACCGUCAUCGCCACCUCCACCACCUCGGCCACCGCCAGACCUUGCAAAACCAUCUUCUUCAUCACUUCCUCCUCUCACCCUAACCCUAACAACAAUCCUCCACGUUUCACCUUCUUCCUCACCGAAAUCCGCCAGUUCCGUCGUUCCAGAUCUCUCCCUCGCCCCAUGCUCUUCGACCGAUCCAUCACAUCAUCAUCAUCAUCAAAAUCAUCAUCGUUAGCUUUGAUUGCCUCAGAUGUUGUAACAUCAGAGCCGUAUAUCGCGUCUUCUUCGACGCUGAAAGCGUCGGUUAGCGAGCGGACAAUGGAUAUUAUGAGCAUUGUUGGCGCGGUGAUAUUUGGAGUUGGAUGUGGUGUGGUCACUGCGGCUACGAUGUAUUUGUUUUGGUCAUUGUUUGCGCCUCGAAGGUUUGAGUUUUGUGAAGAUGAGGAGAGUUGUGAUGAGGAGAAUGAUCAAAGAGUUGUUGAUGAUGAUGAUGAUGAUAAUGAAGGUUGUUUUGGUGUGCAUGUUGCUGGUAAAGCUGUCCCGCCUUCUGCGGAUGAAGUUGAUCGAAUUGCUGCGAUGAAAUGA